AUGUCUUCCUGGCUUGGCGGCCUUGGCUCCGGCUUGGGCCAGUCCCUGGGUCAGGUCGGGGGCAGCCUGGCUUCCCUCACCGGCCAGAUUUCAAAUUUUACAAAGGAUAUGCUCAUGGAGGGCACGGAGGAAGAGGAAGCAGAAUUACCUAACUCUAGGAGAAAGGAAAUUGAAGCCAUUCAUGCAAUCUUAAAAUCAGAGAAUGAGAGACUUAAAAAACUUUGUACUGACCUGGAAGAGAAGCAUGAAGCAUCAGAGCUUCAAAUAAAGCAGCAGUCUACAAGUUACAGAAGUCAACUACAACAGAAAGAGGUAGAGAUCAGCCAUCUUAAAGCAAGACAGAUUGCACUACAGGACCAGUUGCUGAAGCUGCAGUCGGCUGCUCAGUCAGUGCCUUCAGGAGCUGAUAGGGCACUGUCAACCACUGCAUCACCGUCAUGUGGUUAUGGUGUCAGUCAUCAUGCCUCAGCUUUCCAUGGGGAUGACAUGGACUUCGGUGACAUAAUUUGGUCACAACAAGAAAUAAACAGAUUGUCAAAUGAAGUUUCCAGACUUGAGUCUGAAGUUGGACACUGGAGGCAUAUUGCUCAGACAACUAAAGCACAAGGGGCAAAUAGCUCUGAUCAGAGUGAAAUCUGCAAGCUGCAAAAUACCAUCAAGAAACUUCUGUUUAUGGAUCUCUCCGUAAAGCCAGAUUGA